CCCCAACCAGUACGUACCCAUGGAGCAGCGAGGCAACGUGUUGGUGCACGCGUGCAGGACGCGGCUGCUGCUGCUGCUGCACUUCGCCGCCUCGACGCACCUCGGCUACGCCGUCUACUACGAUUACAGGUACGCGCGGCUGCCGGAGCUGGCGGUGGAGCUGCGCCUGGAGGCGCCAAUGGGGGGCAAGUGGAAGUACAUCACCUUCCUGGGCGGCCUGCUUCAGCUCUGCUACUAUACGCUGGCCCUGGUCUGCGACGUCAUCCGUGUGCGGCGGCUGAGGCUGCUGCGCGACUACCUGCUGGCCAGCUUCGUGCUGCCCCUGGCCCUGACCGUCGGCCUGACCUUCUGGACGCUCUACGCCAUCAACAAGGAUGCGAUCUACCCCGGCCUGCUGGAGCUCAUCUAUCCCGUCUGGCUCAACCAGACAAUGCACACGUUCGUCGUGGUCUAUGCCCUCGUGGAGCUCUGCGUCACGCAGCACCGCUACCCGGCACGGAGCAAGGGCUUUGCCGGCCUGGGCGCCUUCAUGGCCGGCUAUCUGGCUGGGAUCCACUACGUCUGGCUGCGCACCGGCAUCUGGGCGUAUCCCUUUCUGGGCGCCCUGUCCGCGCCCCUGCGUCUCGUCUUCUUCGCGCUGAUCGUUCUCCUGAGCUUCGCCUACUAUCUGUUUGGGGAGCGAAUGAACGCCAUUCUGUGGCCGCGAAACUGCGGCCUGCGACGCCUUGGUAGCAGUGAAUAGUCGCCC